UUGUCACCGGAAGUGUGCAACGCGGGAUUGUGUCCCCCGUGCUGAACGUGUAAUCAGUUCCGCUAUGGCAGCGCCGGCGUGUGUGAGAUUAUUUCUGCACGGAUCACAUUGUGGCUUUCGGUUAUGUUCGACAUCUCUCCGGAGAUUCACGAGCCCGGUUCUGACCCGCAGCCACAGGCUCGGCCCGGCGGAUGAUGAGUUGUACCAGCGCACCACGGUGACGGUGAUGCAGAAGGAUCCAGGCAGCGGCCCCAUCAUCUACAGCUACAGUUCACAAGGAUUCAACAUCGACGGGAACAAAGUGAUCGGACCGUGUGCUGUGGUUCCUCCUGCUAUUCUGCAGUGGAACGUGGGAAGUCAUGCAGACAUAACAGUGGAGAGUUUGUCUCUGUUCUACCUGCUGGAGCCACGCAUAGAGGUGUUGGUUCUGGGUACAGGAGCCCGUACAGAGCGUUUGGACCCCAACGUUCUGUCUUUCAUCAGGAAAAAAGGCAUCGCAGUGGAAGUGCAGGACACGCCCAAUGCCUGCGCCACCUUUAACUUCCUGACAAGCGAGAGACGAAUCACUGCAGCUGCUUUGAUUCCACCCCCUUUGCCGUCUGCAGUGUCAUCAGAGUGACGUGUGUGUGUGUGUGUGUGUGUGUGUGUUACUGUAAAACUCUGUACAAUAAAUGUGUUUCUGUAUAGCUGUGUAUCAGAACCCUGUUUAUUUGCAAUAAAAUGUUUCAUUUGUCUUUAAACUCAAGAUUUCUAAGACAAAUAAAAUGAAAUUGUUUAUAUGAUGAUGUGAUAAACUGGUCCUGAAUAAAACAAAUGUAUCAUAUAUCAGUACA